AGUCUGUGUCCUGCUGUCUCUUAGCAGAAGCAUCAAUCAACAUGAUCCCCAUUGUGCUGGCCUCAGUCCUCAUUGCUAGUGCCCUUGGGUGCGGCACCCCACCCAUUCAACCCCUGACUUCCCGCGUGGUCAACGGAGAGGAUGCCAAGCCCCACAGCUGGCCCUGGCAGAUCUCCCUGCAGUAUGAGAGGGAUGGAGAAUGGAGGCACACUUGUGGGGGAACUCUGAUCGCUGCCAACUGGGUGAUGACUGCUGCUCAUUGCAUCAACUCCGACUUCUCCUACAGAGUGUUUGUGGGCAAACACAAUCUGUUGGAGGACGAGGUCGGAUCCAAAGCCAUUUUUCCAGAGAAGAUUGUCGUCCAUGAGAACUGGAACUCCUUUUUGGUGGCUUUAGGUAACGACAUUGCCCUGAUUAAACUGUCCGAGCCUGUGACUUUGAGUGAUCAUGUGCAGCUGGCAUGUAUUCCACCUGCUGAGACUGUGCUGUCCAACCUCUACCCCUGCUACAUCACUGGAUGGGGCAGGCUGUACACUGGAGGCCCCAUUGCUGAUAACCUGCAGCAGGCUUUGAUGCCCGUGGCCGACCACGCCACCUGCUCCCAGCCCGACUGGUGGGGUUUCAUUGUCAGGACCAACAUGGUGUGCGCCGGCGGUGAUGGAAUCGUGGCUGGAUGCAAUGGUGACUCAGGCGGCCCGCUGAACUGUCAAAAUGCUCAGGGUGUCUGGGAGGUGCACGGCAUUGCUAGCUUUGUGUCCGGUCUUGGCUGCAACUUUGAGAAGAAGCCAACCGUCUUCACCAGAGUCUCUGCUUUCAAUGGCUGGAUCGACCAGGUUAUGAUAAAUAACUGAAAAACUGAAUAAAUAUGCCCAGAAAACCACAAA